CGCACCAAUUAUUUUGUCGAGCUGAAUAUGGAUCGCUUCCUCCUAUCUACAGCUACCUGAGAAAAAGAGGGCAAAAACUAUCGACGUCACACGUCCAACCCCGAGUUCAUUCGCCACAUCAUCCUCUCGGCUCAGCUCAAUGAAAGUGAACUGAAAGAAAAAACUGAAAGAGAGAGGGAAGAGGAAACAGACACACAUUAAGACACAAUUAGACGCGAUACUACCGAACACGGUAGUGCUAAGCGAAGGGGGCCGAAAAUAUAUAAAAUCCGGUCUUUAAUAUAAAUAACGCACCGUAACAACGUCACGCUUUCAAAGUAAGAUAAUAGGUACCGUUUUCUGAGACAAGGGAUACUGAAGAAAGAUGUUACAGUCUCUCACCAGCAACUCCUGCGUGAGGCUUAUUCAAAGCAACAAAUCAACAUGGUAUUUCUUAUUUCUGGUCCUGGGCUAUGUUUUGUAUCUCAUCUUCGGUGCUGUGGUCUUUUCCUCCGUGGAGCUGCCGUACGAAGACCUUCUGCGACAGGAGCUCCGCAACAUCAAGCGGCAAUUUCUCCAGGAGAACAAAUGCCUUUCUGAAGAGCGGCUGGAGGAGUUUUUGGCUAAAGCGCUGGAGGCCAGCAACUAUGGGGUGUCCGUGCUUAACAAUGCCUCUGCGAACUGGAACUGGGACUUCACAUCAGCGCUGUUUUUCGCCAGCACCGUGCUCUCCACAACAGGGUAUGGCCACACGGCGCCGCUGUCGGAUGGGGGCAAGGCGUUCUGCAUCGUGUAUUCUGUGAUCGGCAUCCCCUUCACCCUCCUCUUCCUCACGGCGGUGGUGCAGAGGAUCAUGGUCUUCAGCACGCGCCGGCCGGUCAUGUACGUGCACACGCGCUGGGGCCUGUCCAAGCCGGUGGUGGCUGCCUUCCACGCCGCCCUGCUGGCCGUCGUCACGGCGGCCGGCUUCUUCCUCAUCCCAGCCGCUGUCUUCUCCGCCCUGGAAGAGGACUGGAACUUCCUGGAGUCCUUCUACUUCUGCUUCAUCUCCCUCAGCACCAUCGGGCUGGGCGACUACGUUCCCGGGGAGGGCUACAACCAGAGGUUCCGCGAGCUCUACAAAGUGGGAAUCACGAUCUACCUGCUGCUGGGUCUGAUUGCUGUGCUGGUGGUGCUGGAGACCUUCUGUGAACUUCAGCAGCUCAAGCAACUGAGGAAGAUGUUCUAUCUGAAGAAGGAGAAACCGCAGGACCGGCUGACCAUCCUGGACCACGACCACCUGUCCUUCACCUCCGUCUCCGACCAGGCCGCUUCACUCCGGGAGGACAAGACCGAGCCCUUCGUGGAUGUCCCGGUCCUGUCCUCCCCUGCAGGAGAGGAUCACAUUAUCAGAUAAGGGAAUGGAGGGGGCACCCGGAACAAGAGGGGAGCGCGGAGCAGGGCUGGGGGCGGGGUAAGGUCAUAGCGGGAGGGGCCAGUCAGACUUUGGGAAAAGAACUGCAUUUCAGUACCUGAAGCAUUUACAUGCAAGACUUUUCAGUAUCCCGUCAGAUGUUGUUUACGCUAGCUUUACAGGCUGUGUAUUACUGUUAUUUAUAGAUGAGGGAGUCUUUGAUGUAAAAACAGCCAUUGACAUUCUCAGCAGAAGCACAUUUCUUGGCAGAAAUCAAGCAUAGAAUAUAUUUUGUGCUACUACUUGUGUACUACUGUAACUUAACUCCCCAACACAGGGAAAACAGUAUGAACGUACAGACGUAGAAUAAUGCCUGUUUUUAUGAUUUUGAUUCAUUGUUUCUGCAUUAAUAUAUAGCUGUGCGCGGCUCUUUGUGCAGUUUUAUUUGGGACUUGCUAAAGCAGAAGAGCUGAGAGACACAUGAAUCGGGCAAAUCUUCUGGAGGAGCCUUUUGAAGCACAUGACUGAAAACAGCCCAGUGUCCUGAGUGUCAUUUAAAUCCAUACUUGACAUUUUAUUUUCAGGUGUAUUUUAAAAUAUGAUUUUAAGAGGCAGGGCAGAAAGCAUUGAAUUCUCACAGAUGACUUUUGAUUUUUUCUUGUUAGACUCAAAUAUGACGCAGACAUGUUUUCUCUACAUCUGACUUUGUUGUACAGGUUGCAGCGAACUUGUAUUAUGAUUGAACACUCCCAUCUACACUGUUUUCACCAAGCACAUUUUAGCUAGUUUUCUGUGCUUAGGGAACUGGAGACGAAGGGCUUCUUUUAUUCACCUUAGAGUAUAGGGGCUGGUCCCUGGAGUCAUUUUAUUGGGCUUUUGCAGAGUGCAGAGCAUCAUGACGCAGAGGGUUAUUCAUGCUGCAGUGGGGAAGGCUUUGGACUUGGCUCACAUUUCAAGGAGAUGAAUAGGUGAGGGUAAUCGAAGAGAAGGGGACAGAACUAUAGUAAUAGCUGGCUGCAUUUCGCCAUUCAUCUACUAAGAAAGAAGGAUGUGUAGGAGGGGUGAAAACACUCUGAGUGUUGAUGGGAAGCAGGCACCGCACGGUCUCUGAUCUUUUUAUCAUCUGUCUUAGAUGCCGAUGUUUACAAUGGCGUAUCCUUAAGGUAUGAAAAUGAGUAGGUCUGUGUGUUUCUGCGUUAAAGCUGUGCUCAAGAACAAGCCCACAGCCUCUGAGCUGUGCAGAAUUGCAAAUCUUGAACACAAAAAACAGAAGAGGUUUUUUUUGUUCAGCAGAGCAGACUUGUGCUUUCACUGACUCAUGGACAUUGCUCUCCUGAGACAGGACGGAGCUCAAUAGCUGCUGUCGUAUGAAAAGCUCAGGGUGUAUGUCAGGUAACUGCUGAAUAUGAACACAUCACCGUCUGGUAUUUCUCUCCAGUUCAGGGUGUUAGUUGGGUGGUAGAUUGUUAGACUCAUAGAACUAUAAGAUUAAAUCUGAGGUGCGAUCAUGCCUGUGCAAGGUGCUUUGACUCCAUUGAUCAAGCAUCCAAAAGCCGUUUUCAAGGCAGUGUACAAUUUUUUUUCAAUAACAAGUGCAGAAUUAGCAUAAAGAUGAGUACGUUGUUUACAUACAUUUUUACACAUUUUGUUAAGAUCAUAUUUCAUAGUAAUUUCAUAGUGUACACAUAGCUCAUAGAGUUAAUGAUACAAUACUCCAGAACAAUAAAACAAGAACUGGGACUGCACUUGCAUUUUAAUGGUUUACAGGUUGUGUAAGAUAAGGGUGUCUGGUAAGCAAACAAAUAACUUAAUUGUAAAAAGUAAAUGUAAAAUAAUUUAAGUCCUUUCAUGAAAUUUUGCCAUGGAGAAUUGCAUCAUGUGACCUAUUUAUUGGCCAAAGGAAAGGAAAUGAUGUCUGCCUCUUUGCACGAAUGGGGGUGUCCGCCUCAGACUCCCAGUCAUUUGUGGAGCCUUGCUUUCAUGUCUUUCAUAACUACACACACUGUAAAUCGUGUGUCUGCAAAACACACGAGUGAAUCUAGCCUGCAUUGUUUUUUAACAAGUUCUUUAAAUGUAGCGAUAGGUAGAAAUCAUAUCACAAGACUGUAAAUAGCCACAGAAAGUAAACAGGAUUGUAUCUCUGUGAUGCACAUUAUAUAAUGUUGUGUUUACCAGUGUGCUCUGUAAUAUUUUCAAAUGCUACGCAGACAAACCCACUGCCGAGAGAGAUGUCUCUCUUAGAGCGUGUCAGGUGACAUCCUAGAAUUUCAUGAGAGCUAGGGGGAGCAGUUCUUUUGAUUGAAACUGAGAGCAUUGUAGAAAUUUGUGGGUUUACUAGUCGUCUCUCUCCAUUUCAUUGCCCUCAAAAUACUGAAAAACAGAAAUGUACUUUAGAUUUUAGAGUAUUUUGCUGGUUUUUACUGUUGUAGUUUUAAUCUAAAAUGGAGAGGUGACCUUUAUGGAAUCAACUUGCUCAGUAUCAAUGUGCUGGUCAAUGGAUACAUUUUACUGGACCUGCACAGGUCAAGUUUAAGCACAGAUGGUCUGUGUUACGUAUCUUUUAAUGUAAAAACGCAUAUGAAUGCAUUGAAGUGUAUUAUGACACGUAUUUAAAAUAAACAUUAUGCUUUAUUAGCAUUGGAUUAG